UGCUGCUGAAAAAUCUACUUCUAUUCUUCUUGCUAAAGUCUGGUCAAGUUCUCGUUUGUUUUGUUCAAUUCUAAUACUGAAACAACAACUAACUUGCAUAGGCCUACACAAAAGGCUGCCAUCUGGUAUCAGAGUUGUUGGUUUGUAGAAGCGAUAUCAGGUCCAAGGUGAAGAAAGAAAAUCCUUAAAACUCCAUGGCAGCCAAAAUUCCAAUUUUUGAUGGUACGAACUACACGUUUUGGAAGGUGAAGAUGAGAACUCUAUUUCUAUCUAUGGAUUUGUGGGAAACGGUAGAGAAUGGGUGCGAUGAUGAGAGUGACAGGGAGAGACAAAAGAGGGAUGCUGCAGCUCUUUCUCAAAUCCAGCAAGGCGUCUCAGACUGGAUCUUUCUAAGAAUCAUAGAAGCUACAAAAGCGAAAGAAGCUUGGGACAUUCUUCAAACAGAAUAUCAAAGAGAUGGGAGGGAAACUGGAUCUGUUUUUGAACUCGCAAACUUCUCAAAAUGGAAGGAAACCAUUUCGAUAGUGGCUACACUUAUAGCAACGGUGACCUUCACAGCAGGUAUCACCAUGCCUGGUGGCUACAUUGUUGAUAGCAAAGACCCGAACCAAGGAAUGGCAAUUCUAACAAGAAAAGCAGCUUUCAUGGCUUUUGUGAUAACAGAUACCAUUGCCCUGACAUUAUCCGUUUUGGCAGUGCUUACCCAACUCUAUAAUAUUGCUGACAACCCGAUUGUAAUCAAUAAGCAAAUUGCUUUAGCUUUUAUUCUUACUACUUGUGCUCUGAUUGCAAUGUUGGUGGCAUUCAUUACAGGGACAUAUGCUGUGUUAGCACCUUCAAGGCUUUCUAUUUCAGUUUGUGUCAUCCCUCCCAUUCUUUUGUACAUUUGCCUGGCUUACUGUGUGUUCUUCCUACCUCGAGUGAAAACCGAAGCCAAAAAAUCAAAAAGCCAACCCACUUUCUAAACGGAGCCUACCACUUCUCAAACGAAGGCUUAGCUUCCGUUUGGAAAGUGGGUUGGCUUUUUGAUUUUUUUAGCUAUUUUAGCUUGGGCUAAAAAGCUUGGUUUGGGAAGG